AUGUCGCAAAGUCCAAAGACGGAUGGGUCGCUGGCGGAACGCCACACUGACCCGAUGGGCAUGGAGGCGGUCGAGGAGGAGCUCGAUCUGAUGAAGCUGGAGCAGCUGGACGACGAGGCGAAAUUGAAGGUGCUCAGUCAAAGCCGCGCUGAAGUCGAGCGACUGCGCAACCUCACCCCAGAGAUGAUCCGGGAGAUGGACUCACAUAUCGAGUAUGCGGUCGAUGCCUUCUUUGCGAACCGAAUCGCCGACUGUGAGGCGGCGCUACGGAAUCGCAUGAACACUGACCCUCUGGCCGUGUGCGGAGCUGGACUGAUUGCAUUUGUGCGCUGCGGCCUCUCGAUGGAGCAGGCGCAGGCAGACAUAGCACUCGAGCUACUCACCAGAUCAAGCGCGCUCGCCACACAGGUGAUGUCCAGCGAGAAGAGCAUGAUAUCCCGAGGCUUCUCUAAGGUGUUCCAGCGCAAUAAGGAGACGAAGGGGAACUGGCUCAGCGCCGCGGAGUUCCGCGCGAAGACAAUGCACGCGGAAAGCCAGGCCCUGCGCUGCUUCGUCUUCGUGCUCCAGCAGUCCGUCUCAGCGCUCGUGAAGGCUGGACUGGCGCUGAACCGCGCGAACAGCAGCUACAAGUCCCUCUACAUGGAGCUGGACCACCGCUACAAGGCGAAGUAUGGAAAUAAAGAGAGCGUCAAGACGUCCCAGCAGACGCCCGUGGCUGCCGAGGAGGGUGACAGCGACGUCAAUUCACCGGUGCCGUCUCCGACCGGGUUAACGAUAAGGGACGACUCCCUCGAACAAAGCGCCGCGCUAGAGACGCUCGGCCUGGACCGCAACUCGGUGCAUUGCGUCGAGUUCGGCCUCGGUGCAAUGAAGCUCGCACUUUCCAUCCUGCCAGACAACGUCCGAGCUCUACUCCGCUUCAUCGGCGUCGAAGGCGACCGGCAGGAAGGACUAAAGCUUGUCCGCCAGUGUUUCAAGAGCGACACGCUGCUGUCGCCCUUUGCCAGUGCCCUGCUGCUUGCACUCUACGGCAUGCUGCCAGCGACCUCGGCGUUUCUGGUUGAUUCCUACCUGCCCGUUGCACACGAAGUGCGCAGAGAGGCGCUGCAGAAGGAGAAAAUGCGCGAGUCGAUUUUGCACCUCUGGCUCGACGGUCGUAUCGAGCGGCUGACACGCUCCGUAGAGAUGAGUAUUUCCAAGCUGAAUAACUGCCUUGCUAUUGCGAGCAACCCACAGCUGCUGGCUGCCAUGCCGCAGCUCCGCGACUUCGUCCUGUACGAUCAGUGGUUCAACUACGCCAUUGUGCACCAGUGGAAGCGUGCGAGCCGGUGCCUCGAGAUCCUCUCGAAGACGUCCAAGUGGGCGAAUGCCGUGUACCAGUACGCGCAGGCAUGCUGUCUUGAGAUGCUCGAGAUGGAAUGGGCAGAGGGAAUCGAGAACCCCGACGGUGCGCUGGACUUCCCGCUGGAGGAUCUAAACCGCAUUGUUGGCUCGAGCGAGGCGAAGGUGAGCCUGACCUUCUCCGACGUUUCCACACGAGAAGCCAUCGCUGAGACCAUCAGCCACCUCUACUGGGGGGCAGCGCAGCGCAAGCCUGUCACGCUUGGCGGGAAGCCGAACCACAACGACCAGUUCGUGCUGAAGCGAAUGGAGGAGAUCCUGGUGAGCCACGGCAUUAUCCCAUCCGCCGUGGUGGCAAAGAAGAAGCUAGGCGAGCCGCUGGAGCCCGUUCCGGAAGGUCUUGUCAUUCGCAAUAUUGUGCCGCUUCCAGCGUAUGAAAUGUGUCUAAUUGCCGGCAUCGCCCAUCAGUACCCUGCGGAGCGCAAAGACAAGAUGGUGGCCUUGAUCGACGCAUACCUUUUGCGGGAGCCAAUGCAGCGCAACACCCCACUGUCCGACUAUGUAGGCUCCAUGCGGAGCCGCAGCAAGCGAGAAGCGGCGUCGCAUUCACUGCCUUCCUCCCCGAACACAACAUCGGAGGGGUCGCCUGUGUCGAGGGAGGUCGCCUCGCCUGCUGCAUUUCCGAACUCGCGUGAACGCAGAGCCUCCCUCCCUGAGAACUACCGGCUGCUAUGCCUGUGCGUCUACAAGUCCAUGCUGCUGGCGAACAGCGAGUCGAAGAAGAACCGGCAAGCCGCCUUAGAGGUGAUCAAAGCAAUUCAAGACACACCGCAGUACAAGGAUCGUCAGUGGAGUCUCUCCUACGCACAGGCUUUUGCACUGUACGACAAAGCCUACAUCGCGUACCGCGACAAGAGUCCUGAGGCGGCCGAGUCCAUCAUGAACCAGCUGCACAAGCAGUACGAUGCCGCCCACUACUACAUGCACGCCAAAAUGGACCUCAAGGCCCACCUCGCCUCAUAUCACCUGAAGGAAGAGAGACAGGCAAGAGCGGCGAAGCUCACGAAGUAG